AUGCGGAACGACGCGCGGCGGGAGAGGAGGCUCCCGGGCUUCUUCGACCGCGAGGUGUACGACAUAAUCGAGGGCCGUGGCAGCGGCGGCGGCGGCAUCCGCGACAGUGGCAGUAAUGCGGCCGCGGUGCUCGCGGAGGUUGGGGAGGAGGAGGGCAAGGAGAAGGUGGUGUUCGACAGUGGCCGCGCGUCCGUGGCCGGGGACGACGGGCUGUUUUCGUCCUCAUCGUCGUCUGAGGAAGAGGACGAGGAAACAUCCACGCCAGCGCCAGCGCCUGCGCCGGUUCUGCCGGCGGCUCCAUAUCCGCCUCCAUCUCUGGCCGUCGCCGUGCCCGUGCCUGUACCCGUUUUGUUUGUGUCGACGGAGAAGAAGACCGAGGCACCUACGCAAGGGAGCUCAGAGCAAGCAGGGACAGCCAAAGGCAAGCAACAAGAAGAAAUUAGAAUUACCGAUGAGCCGCCACCACCGCAGGGUGGGCAGAAGAGGCAGCGCAGCGAUGAUGCCCCAGGAGAAACCGCUGACCUGCAGGGCAAGCUUGUUGAGAUUCUAGACCGGAGCAGCCGGAUGGUGGCGGCACAGCUGGAGGCGCAGAACAUCAACUGCCAACUGGAUAGGGAGCAGAGGAAGGACCAAGUGAGCAGCUUGCUAGGUGUGCUUGGCAAGGUGGCUGAUGCCCUCUACAGAAUUGCUGACAAGCUGUAG